UCUCAGCUGCUGUCAGCGUACGGUUGCAUGGUUGCAGCGGUGUUAGGGUAGUGUUAGAUUGUCAAAAACUGACAGAAACGAUUAUCCACUACUGGAGAAAAUCUAGCAGAUUUCAUCGAAGGAAUUUUUUUAUCGAACCGAUUGCGUUUUGUGUGGUAACCAAAUGUUAUUUUCGUUCCAAAUUGCUAACAGAAUUGAUCUGAAAUGGAAAGUUGAUUGAAAAUCAUUCGAAUCGUGUUGGUGAACGGGGGCUGAAGUUUUUGCUAAAUUUUGUAUCACAAUAUACGGCCUAGACAGAGGAAGUGGUGCAGAAUAAAGUAUGUCAGUAACCUACAGUCGGGUGGAUGAGUAUCCAAUGGACGACACGUUGGAAUACUUUAUCAAAUUUCCUUCGCCUAAUUUCAAAACGGAAGCACAGGGAGCGGAAUCCGACUAUGUGUUUGUUUGCAAUGAAACCAAUGUUCCGAUAGUGCUGUUGCUUGGCUGGGCCGGUUGUCAGGACAAAUAUCUUAUGAAAUACUCCAAAAUCUACGAAGAUCGAGGACUUAUUACGAUUCGGUAUACUGCUCCGGUGGAGAAUCUAUUCUGGAAACGAACCGCUAUGGUACAAAUAGGGGAGAAAAUUCUCAAGUUGAUCUACGACAUGAACUUCGACAGCCAUCCGCUUAUAUUUCAUGUUUUUUCGAACGGAGGGGCUUUUCUGUAUCAGCACAUUGCACUGGCCAACAGACGAUCGAAGCGACCGGUACAGAUCUGCGGAAUGAUUUUUGAUUCGGCUCCCGGCGAUCGAAGGGUCUUGGGGUUGUACCGUGCAAUAUCUGCCAUUUUGGGGAAGGAAAGAAGAUGCAAUACGCUGGUCUCGGCGGCAAUGGCAGUAUCUCUUUUAGUGCUAUGGGCAUUUGAGGACUCAUUCAACUACCUAAGAAAUUUCAUUAGACCAGUAGGCUACGAAGUGCAAACGAACCCGUCGCAUAAUUUGAAGUACGAAAGCAACGAAUGGCCACAGCUGUACCUGUACUCGAAAACAGAUUUACUGAUACCGUAUACGGACAUUGAAAAAUUUGCUGCUUACCGUCAACAAUCGGGGGUUGACGUACGAAUGGUUUGUUUCGAUCGAUCCGAACACGUGAAACAUUACAUCCGACAUCCACAACAGUACAUCUACAGUGUUGGCAAGUUUAUCAACGAUUGUUUGACGAACUAUUACAACAAGUAUCAUGGUAACUGAGUAAUGCCAAACUGAGUAAUGAGCAGUUGAUGAAUUACAACCUGUCCCACUUGUAAAGAACUGCGGGUUUUAACUUUCCCGGAUAGCUCCACUACCCAAUAGGACACCGAUAAGAGUAGUUUUAUCUUCCUACAGCAUUAUACGAUAAGCACAAACCCGAUUUGUUGACGUUUAGUUGCUAUUUGACUUCAUAAUUAUGCGAUUAUAUUAUGAGAAGCACAAUUGUUGAGCAACUGCAGCAUUGCACAAAUAUUACAUAUAUGUUUACAAUAGGUUCCUUAGUAGUAAGCAAACAAAAAAAUGCUGAUUCAGACUAAACAUAUUUCGUGAUAUCAACAUCAGAUGCCUUUUCAUUUCCAUUAAUAUAGAAGUAACUCAAUUGAUAUUAUAUAGCUAGUCAUUCUCUUGGAGAAAACUAUGGCUUCUAGUUGAUUUGUACGUUCCAUAUUACAGUAUUUCUGUCAUUGUUUAGUAGGAAAAAAUGAAAUGGAAAAAAUAAAAUGAAU